AUGCUCUGGGCUGCGGCCUUGAAUAUGUUGCUCCUGCUCCAUUUGACAUUUCGAUUCGAAACUAACUUCAUCUAUGAUUGGAAAACAAUUGCCCUGACUCCGACAUGUUGUCCAAUUUGUGACCCGUUCGUUGAUCCUAUUCAGCUUCCUGCCUUUGAACGCAUGUACCUGAGCCGCCUCAUGGGACACAUUAUUGUAGUCAACGACGAUAUGGACACGGUCUUCUGUCAAGGAGGCGCCGACAUGGAUUAUAUGUUGAGGCUCGAGGUUUUCCUUUACCAAGAGAGCGUGGAUGAGCGCAUCAGUUGCGUGGACGUGAGCAAAGCUAUUUGUCCUUUUUUCGGAGCCUGGUCAAAGAUCGUCCAGCUUCCUGCUUGGGUGAAGCUUUCGCGGGCUCUUGUCGAGUUCUUCGAAAGCAGUCUCGAGUCUGGCGUUGAUGCCCUCUUUCUGAAAAUUCAGACUAGACAUUGGAGUCGUAAACCUUUUGUUGCGGGACCGUGCGAGACCAGGCGCCAGGACACAAUCUACGGUACGAGAGCAUGGGCAUUUGGAUCUACAGCACGGACGCUAGGAGACCGGAAGGUGCGGACCGAAGAUCCUAUCCAAAAGGCUCUCGGUUCAUCGCUGCGCAGGGCGGUACCAGCAUCGCCAAACGGUGUCUGGCGUCUAGCGCAUGCAUUGCAACCUGAAGACGAAGCGGAGCUCGGUGUCGCUGAGCGAGUGCCGGUCCAUUUCACCAAAGAGACCAUGCAGGCUUAG